GCAGGACGCGUGUGUUUGCUAGGCGUGGGCUAACGGUUACGGGCGCUAGCCGGCUCCGUGCGGCCCACGCGCGCCGUCGCGCCCGACCAGUGGGCGCCGCGCCGGCCUCUCCGUGGGGGCAGCCUGUACAUUGUGAUUGCGCCUUUUCCCGUGCCGGGCGAGGUGAGGAGGCGGUGGCCGGGCCCGAGGAGGAGGGAGGGGACGGAGCGUGACAGCCCUGGGCGCCGCCCCCUCGGCGCCGCAGGUCCGCGGCCGGGCGACCCGGAGGCACUGGGGUCGGGCCGCGGGGAAGACGGCGCGCGUGCCCCUCCUUGGAGAGAGCAGAGCCACCUGGGCCGACGGCGCUUUGGGGAUCCCCUAAAAGGUAGGAAGGAGGGCGGGACGGGGGCAGCGAGCCCGAGGUGGACCCGCCCGUGUCUCUCCUAGUUAGAAAUAGUCCUUGGGGAAGAUGGAAGGGGAGAAGCGGCCGGCGCCCUACGAGGGCCUGUUUGCGGACUGGCACCUGGUCCUGUGGACGCUGUGCUCGGUGCUGCUGCCCGUGGUCAUCACCUUCUGGUGCAGCCUCCAGCGGUCGCGCCGGCAGCUGCACCGCAGGGACAUCUUCCGCAAGAGCAAGCAUGGGUGGCGCGACACGGACCUGUUCAGCCAUCCCACCUACUGCAGCGUGUGCGCGCAGCACAUCCUGCAGGGCGCCUUCUGCGACUGCUGCGGGCUGCGCGUGGACGAGGGCUGCCUCAAGAAGGCCGACAAGCGCUUCCACUGCAAGGAGAUCAUGCUCAAGAAUGACAGCAAGGCCCUGGACGCCAUGCACCACCACUGGAUCCGGGGCAACGUGCCCCUGUGCAGUUACUGUGUGGUUUGCAAGCAGCAAUGCGGCAGUCAACCCAAGCUCUGCGAUUACAGGUGCAUUUGGUGUCAGAAAACAGUACAUGAUGAGUGUAUGAAAAAUAGCUUAAAGAAUGAACAGUGUGAUUUUGGAGAAUUCAAAAACCUCAUCAUUCCACCAAGUUAUUUAACCUCCAUUAAUCAGAUGCGUAAAGACAAAAAAACAGAUUAUGCAAUGCUAGCGUCUAAGCGUGGAAAGCAGUGGACUCCAUUAAUAAUCCUGGCCAACUCUCGUAGUGGAACUAAUAUGGGAGAAGGACUGCUGGGAGAAUUCAGGAUCCUCCUAAAUCCCGUACAGGUUUUUGAUGUUACUAAAACUCCCCCUGUCAAAGCCCUGCAACUUUGUACUCUUCUUCCCUGUUAUUCAGCUCGAGUCCUUGUUUGUGGAGGGGAUGGGACUGUGGGCUGGGUCCUGGAUGCAGUUGAUGAAAUGAAGAUUAAGGGACAAGAGAAAUACAUUCCACAAGUUGCAGUCUUGCCUCUGGGAACAGGCAACGAUCUAUCUAAUACCUUGGGUUGGGGUACAGGCUAUGCGGGAGAAAUCCCAGUCGCACAAGUCUUAAGAAACGUGAUGGAAGCAGAUGGAGGUAAACUAGAUAGAUGGAAAGUUCAAGUAACAAAUAAAGGAUACUACAACUUAAGAAAACUCAAGGAAUUCACAAUGAACAACUAUUUUUCUGUUGGACCUGAUGCUCUUAUGGCCCUCAAUUUUCACGCUCAUCGUGAGAAGGCACCAUCUCUGUUUUCUAGCAGAAUUCUUAAUAAGGCUGUUUACUUAUUUUAUGGAACCAAAGACUGUUUAGUGCAAGAAUGUAAAGAUUUGAAUAAAAAAGUUGAGCUAGAGCUGGAUGGGGAGCGAGUAGAGCUGCCGGAUUUGGAAGGUAUCAUCGUCCUGAACAUUGGCUACUGGGGCGGUGGCUGCAGACUGUGGGAAGGGAUGGGAGACGAGACUUACCCUCUCGCCAGGCAUGAUGAUGGUUUACUGGAAGUUGUUGGGGUAUAUGGGUCUUUCCACUGCGCUCAGAUUCAAGUGAAACUGGCAAAUCCUUUUCGAAUAGGACAAGCACAUACAGUGCGGCUGAUCUUGAAGUGCUCGAUGAUGCCAAUGCAGGUAGAUGGGGAGCCAUGGGCCCAGGGGCCCUGCACUGUCACCAUAACCCACAAGACACACGCGCUGUUGUUAUAUUUCUCUGGAGAACAAACAGAUGAUGACAUCUCUAGUACUUCAGAUCCAGAGGACACAAAGGAAACUGAGGGGAGCGGCCAAAAAAAGAAAAGAAAAGAAAAGAAAAAGAAAGUUACAGGUUUAAAGCUGGAUGGUUCACCAACUUCUCUUUUGAUUAAAAGACAGUGUCAACAAUUCAAAAAAAUGUACUAAAGAAAAUUUACCAGUCAGAUUAAUUGCCCAAAAAAGUUCAGUGUUAAUUGAUAAGUUUUAAAAAUUUAGUGGUCUGGUAGUAUUUUGAAAUAUAGUAGUCUUUUAUAUCCAGAGUACUUAACAGAAUUUCCCCUUGGGGAAGUGGAUAUAGAAUCCUCUGCUAAAAUGUUUAUAUCAUAUUUAUUUUAAAAUGAGAGAUAUAUAUUUUUUUACUUAUUUAUUUUCUUUAUUGUCAUAUACCUGUGUUUAAUGUUUACAAUAUAUUGCUUUAUUUAAUAAGUUAAAUUGAUCACAUAAAUUCUGCUACUCACAAUCAGAAGUAUAGCCUAAGUAAUAGUUGAAACCCAUAAUUUAAUUCUCGUGACAGAUAUAUCAUAUAGAUAUUCUCAUUCUUUAGAAAUAUGCCGAGGGUGCCCCUCUGCUGCUCCCCAACCUACUCCCUCAGGUCCUACCGUGGGGCCGCCCCAUGGGGCCUCCAGCCUGGUGUUUUAGAACAAAUGGCCCAUUUGUGGGUUUCGUGGUCUUUUAUGACAUUAAUCUCUCUCUGAAGGAUUGGAAUGUAUCCCCCCAAACACCGUUAGCUCCCCUUAAGAGUCUAUUAUGAAUCUGUCAUCUAUUAUGAAUUGCCAGAAACUUAAAUUUCAGUCACCUUCAGGCCCAGGCCAUGUUUCGAAGGAACAACUAAGUAGUGUGUACAGUAGUCAGUACAUUACAUUAGAAUACUUUUAUUUUGUUUAAAUUUUAACCUCUUCCAGGUCUCAGUGGGAGCAGCUAAAUUCUAGUAUUCUUAAGAUUUUGUGAGCAGAGCUGUUUUCACCUUAUUCAUAUACCAUUCAUGGUAGGUUACUUAUUGCGGUGGUGGGAGAGUUUGUAGAUUUUCUUUCAAGGGGCUGAUCAUGUUUUGAGUAUAAUGAGCUUCAUUGUUUAAUUCAUGGUCAAAAUUGUUACAGAUAUCACAUUUUACAAAUAUACUGUUAAAUUCACUUUGCUUUAGGCUAUAUUUUAUCUAUAAUUCAUAGUGCUAAUUAUAGAAUAAAAGUAAAUAGUUAAUAUGGGAUAUCAGAAUUAAAAUAAUC